AUGGCUACCAGAGUCCAGGUCGAGACGUCGACCAUGUCCUUUACGAAACCCCGACCCAUCGUUGCUGUCGAAGAGAUCCGAGGCCAUGAAGAGCCGAACCUUCUGGUGCUAUACGAACGAGAUCAAGAGCAGAUUGUUGCAGAGAUAGCCGGCGUGCUUGGUCAACAGUGGCGCCUCACCGGCCCCGAAGACAACGAUGUUUCCCCCAUUGAUGGCACUGUCAUUGGUAUAUCUGAUGCCCAUGAUCUCUCUCGUGUCCAGCGAUGGCGCGGCUCCAGCACUAUCCUGGCGACCCACUGUCUGGACGAGCCCAAUCCUGCAGUUGGUUCCCGAUCUUCUGUCUGUGACUACGAAUACUUGUACACGACCAAGCCUUUCUUCAGGCGGGAUCUGGCUAGGUUUCUAUCCUUCAUUCUAGGCCAAAUCAAUCCGCACAAGGACCUUGCGAAGAAGGCAAAGACAACUCUUAUUUCCACAACCUUUCCUGAUGUCCAUGCCGCUCUACCGAACCUUGACAUCCUCUCUGUUGGUGCCGAUGCCAUAGAGAUUCGUGUCGACCUGUUAAAAGAGACAAAGCCUGACGGCUCUUUCAGCGACGUCCCCAGCCUGCAAUAUGUCGGCGAACAGCUCAUGACUCUGCGCCAGCGAACAGAGUUGCCUAUCAUCUUCACCACCCGCUGCACGAAAGAGAACGGACGUUUUCCGAUGGAUGAUCCCAAGUUGUUUUAUGACUACUUAUACCGAGCCGUUCAAUGGGGCUGUGAAUACAUUGAUGUCGAGCUCUGGCUACCUGAGGACUUGAGGCGCAAACUCGCUUCUCAGAAAGGUAAUAGCAAGAUCAUUUCCGCCUUCCACGACUUCUCUGGAAAUUUCAAAUGGACCUCGCCCGAUGCUCAACGGCUGUUCGAACAGGGUGCUGUUUAUGGAGACGUUGUCAAGAUGAUUGCUCUUGUUAGCACCAUGCAAGAGAACUACGAGUUGGAAUACUUCCGAUCCAUAAUCCAAAGCACCCAUCCUCAUCCACCCUUCUCUGGAUUGAAUAUGGGACCCAUGGGUCAGCUUUCUAGAGCCCUGAACAAAAUCUUCACGCCAAUCACACAUCCACUGUUACCCAUCAUUGCUGCACCAGGACAGCUCAGCGCCGCUGAGAUCAACUCUGCUCUUCACUCCAUGGGUCAGAUGCCAAAGCUUGACAUGUACUGCUUUGGUAGCAUGCGUGCCACAGGACAAGCCAUGUUUUUCGAGAAGUGUAUCAACGAGUUGAGCUUACCGCAUCAGCUUGUUUGUGUUGAGCAAAGUUCACAGGACGGGCUUUCUACUGUAGUCAAGAUGCCACACUUUGGGGGUGCCUUCAUCAAUCCACCCAUUGCAGCAUCAGCACCUUGUCUUCCUUCAAUCUCAGAUGCAGCGGCAUCGAUUGGUCAGAUUGACACUGUGGUCGCCCUUUCAAACAGUGAUAAGACAAGUCUCGUAGGAGAUAAUGCAACGUGGAAAGGAAUUCGAGCAACCCUCUGCCGCGACUUUGUUCCCUCAGCAUACAGUGGACAAGCUGCAUUACUGCUAGCCAGUCAAGAAUCUCAAGCAGCAGCGGCGAUAUUUGCUCUUCGCAGUCUCAACAUUGGACCGAUCUACACUAUUGGCUUCAAGGUUCAAGGACCACUGUCUGGAUUCGUAACUCCAUUCAGAGGAUUGGAAGACGUCAAGAAAGUCGAGCAACCUUCAGUCAUCAUCUCAGCGCUCCGAGCAGACAAAUCACUUCUGGUAUCGCCCCUACUGAAGCACUAUGGUGGCCACAAGCAAGAGCAGCGAAGAGUAGCAAAGGUCUUCCUGGACCUGAGCAAUGGACCUCGAAAAGGCGAUCCAGUCGCCCUUGCCGAAACACAGGGCUGGAGCGCAUACGGUAUCGCCGACGUCAAUGCGUGGACGACUGUCGAAACACUGAGGCUUCUUGUGGGACAAAAUGUGCCCUACGAUUUCGUGCGGCUUGCAGCUGGGCGAAGUAUCUAUUAG